AUGGCGACAGAUCAUGCAGAAGAAGCAUCCAAAACCAUUGCAGCUUUAACGCAUUGUGUCAACGAGAGUACGUUACUCGACCUUGCAGUCCGGUUCUCGGAGGUCUACAAAAAUCUGGCAAAAACGUCAUUGGAGCAUUUCCUAGUCACGCCGGUGACUGCACUUCCCACAGGUAAGGAGAAAGGAAAGUUCAUCAGUAUUGACGUUGGUGGGAGCAAUCUACGAGUGGGCUUCGUGGAGCUCAUCGGCGAGCCUGAGCGUGGCCUGCAAAACGGAACUGAGAAGCCAUACGAGAAGAUCAAAAGAUCCUUCGACAAAACAUGGCCGAUCGGCGAGCACCUCAAGAUGGACAAGGCUGAAGACCUUUUCGCCUGGAUUGGUGAUUGUAUCGCCGAGGUCAUUACGGACGCGCUUGAGGACAUACCUGCUUCUAUUGAGGCUCCAUUCGGCGAUGAGCUUUUGCUUGGAAUUACAUUCAGCUUUCCUAUGGCUCAAAAACUCUUAUCUGAAGCUACAUUGCUCCCCAUGGGCAAAGGUUUCGCAAUUACGUCGGAUCUGAAUCUAGGGAAUAUGUUGAGAGCUGGAUAUGCUCGACAUAUCGUUGAGCCUAGCGCCAAUCGUGCCAACAACGAUACCGAAAAUCAUCCAUCAAGCGAGAAGGGAAGGUCAUCUAGACUUCCGAGGAUACGAAUAGCGGCCAUUACAAACGAUACCGUGGCUACCUUUGCUUCAUCAGCAUAUGCUGUCAGAGCAGUAGCUAACAGUCGAGUCGCUAUGGGCCUCAUCGUAGGAACAGGCACCAACGCUACCGUACCGAUGCUACUUUCAGAAUUGCACGCGACCAAGAGGAAGGACCUUGCUAACCCAGAAGCGGUAGAGACGGUGGUCAUAAACACUGAGUGGACCAUACGAGGCACUGAUAAGCCAUUGAUAGACCUUGGCAUCAAGACGUCGUGGGAUAGAGCUCUAGAUGCCAACAGCGAAGCGCCGGGAUUUCAACCAUUCGAGUAUAUGACAUCGGGGCGAUACCUCGGCGAAAUCGUCCGGCUUGCCUUCACGGAUCUGAUAUCGAAGGCACCCGUGCGACUGCCUGCUUUACUGGAGAUCAAGAACGCUUUACAAACCAAAUUCCUUUCGGAAGUUGUAGCGAGAGCUGACGAAGAGACGGUGAUAGCUGAGCUAGAGCGAAAAUUCCCCUCCAGACCAAAAGAAACCUUCUGGAACCCUGUACGUGUGAAAUUGCUUCGCGACAUUGCGCACGCCGUACAACAGCGCUCAAGCGCACUGAUCGCCGCAGCCUGCGUCGGGCUGCUUGACUGCGUGAACGACAUCCGCAUCGACCCAGCCGCGCAAAAUGGCCACGCUACACCCGGGAACGACGACCCCGAGGAAUUGGUGAUUGCAUACACAGGCUCAACGAUCUCACAUUAUCCCGACUGGCUCGACACGUGUCAACGCUGGAUUGACGUCCUAGUAGCGAAAGGCUCGGUUGCGAACACGUCGAAGCGGGUGGUCUUGCGGGAGUCUCUCGAUGGAGGCAUUAUAGGAGCCGCCGUUCUUGCUGGUAUGACCGAUAAGAUCGCGUAG